AUGGAUUUCAAUACCACAAACUCUAACAAAUCUGAGCAAAUAAGAUGGGGUUCAGAUGAUCAAGGUGGUUCAGGACAAGUUAGAUCUUAUUCUUGUGCCUUUUGCAAAAGAGGGUUCUCAAAUGCACAGGCACUAGGAGGCCACAUGAAUAUCCAUAGAAGAGAUAGAGCCAAGCUCAAGCAAUCUUCUGAAGAAAAUUUGCUUUCAUUGGACAUCUCAAUGAAGAACACAAGAGACAAUGAGCCUGUUGAUUUGGAAGAGAAAAUUUUGUUCCAAUUGGAUUCUGGGGAAGAAAAACAUGCUAGUAGUGUUAAGAAGCCAUUCAAUUUUCCUGACAAAGAUUAUGAUCAUGCUUCUCAAAGGGGUAAGUUAAUUGGUGCUGCAGAACUUCCUCAUCUUCCAUCAUUUGUUGGGAGGUUAACUUCAACCACUGAGAUAAAGGGUAGUGUUGGGAUGCAGAGGAUUGAAGAGAAGAAAGCUGAUUUAGACCUUGAGCUUAGGUUAGGCCUUGAGCCACAGGAGGCACCAAUAUUGAGCACCAGAGCAUUCUUUUGA